AUGACCACUGUCAUGUCGAAGACCUUCACGGUGAUGCUCAACGAAGGCUCAGAAAAUCAACCGCGUGCCGUUCGGCGUGUUAUCUUCAAUUCUGAAAUUUUAAAAUCUGCCAGACUAUGCACCGGGGAUAUAGUUGCCCUAUCAAGCGGAGAUAAUUCUGUCUCCAAGAAGGACUUUGCUGUGGGGGUGGUAUGGCCCUCACUUGACCUACCGCGAGGCAGCAUCUUGAUUUCGACAUCUCUGUUGUUAACUGCUGACCUCGCGGUUGGUCAGCCUGCUCGUGUCAUUCCAUUGUCUGGAUCGACAAAAGUACCACCUGGCUUCCCGUUACUUCGAAAUGCGCAAGAAGCUGGCACCAUACGACUCAAAGAAGUACCCAUUAAAGAAAAUUCGUUGAAUGCGAAACGACCCUCAUCUUCCAAACCAUCACAGCGUGAUUGGCUUAGCCUCACCGCCCGUGAACUUCUAGUUGACCUAAAAUACGUGACAAACACCCAGGUUGUUGAGUUAAGCUAUGAAGGCCAACACCGGCGUUUCAUCGUGCAUUCGAUCGCGCCCAAAGGCUCUAAACUCACCGCCCAUGAUAACGAGGAAACCCUCUCACGUAGGCUGAAUGCACUGUCUAUCAAUUCUCCACCGCAGCUUUGGUCAGUCAAUUGGGAUUGCACGGUGUCUAUCAACACGGACGUCCCCGCCGAGAAGGAAGACCGAACCCAUAAGGCCGACGUAGAGGUAUUAGCACAUAAGUCACUUCAGGACGCCUAUUCGUCGGUAGGCGGCCUCGACAAGCAGAUUGAAGCCAUCCGUGAUCUUCUGGAGAUACCGUUGACACGACCAGAGCUAUUCCAGUACUUCGGUCUGAAGCCGCCAAGAGGUAUCCUUCUGCAUGGCCCGCCAGGAACAGGUAAAACACACCUUGCGCGUGCCAUUGCGGCGUCGACCAAUUCGUCCGUACUCGUGAUCAAUGGGCCAGAAUUGUCAUCCGCAUACCAUGGGGAGACGGAGUCUAAGCUUCGUGAUGUCUUCAAGCAAGCCCGGGAAAAGAGCCCGUGUAUCGUCGUUUUGGACGAAGUUGACGCCCUGGUGCCUAGGAGAGAAGACGGUGCGGGCGGAGAAGUGGAGAAGCGAGUGGUGGCGACACUUUUAACUAUUCUGGAUGGAAUGGGAGACGAUAGUGCAGAAGGACAUGACAGGGUUGUUAUCAUAGGAACAACCAAUCGUCCCAAUGCCAUUGAUCCUGCGCUCCGUCGUCCGGGGCGAUUUGACAGGGAGAUCGAAAUAGGUGUCCCGGAUGCCGAAGCACGCCUUUCUAUCCUCAAGGUUCACCUGGCGAACACACCGCACGAUAUCGCGUCAAGUGACCUCCACCUUCUCGCUUCCAGGAUGCACGGCUAUGUCGGUGCCGACAUCGGGGCUGUCGUUCGCGAAGCAGGUACCUUGGCGAUUAAGAACUGGCUGGCCGCCUCUGGUCGAACUUCGUCGUCGCUAUCAGUGGCUGAGACGCUCAAACUACAACUGAAGGACCUUGUAGCAGCGAUGCCCUCUGUCAGGCCUUCGGCCAUGCGCUCUCUCUUCUUCGAAACGCCGCCCGUAUGUUAUAGUGAUGUUGGAGGGCAGUCCGAUGUGAUCCAGAAAUUGAAAGAAGCUGUGGAGUGGCCUCUCCUGCAUCCCGAGGCGUUCCAGCGACUUGGCGUCAGACCACCUAAGGGAGUCCUUCUAUAUGGCCCACCAGGGUGCAGCAAGACCGUUCUCGCUCGCGCGUGUGCUUGCGAAAGUGGCGUCAACUUCGUCGCAGUCAAGGGCCCUGAGCUUCUUAACAAAUUUGUGGGUGAAUCUGAACGGGCCGUGAGGGAGAUAUUUCGUAAAGCCAGAGCUGCCUCCCCUUCGAUUGUGUUCUUUGACGAAAUCGACGCUCUCGCUACUUCGCGGACUUCUUCCGAUACCGAUCAUGGAUCGUCUCACGAAGGGGUGCUAACUAGCUUGCUUAACGAAAUGGAUGGCGUCCAAGAACUCACGGGCGUAACCGUCAUUGCAGCUACGAACAGGCCUGAGUCUAUUGAUUCGGCUCUCAUGCGACCUGGACGACUGGACCGUAUACUGUAUGUUGGCCCUCCGGAUCAAACGGGUCGCGAAGAAAUCUUGGCCAUCAGGAUGAGAUCUAUGAUGGUGGGCCCGGACGUGGACGUCAGAAGCAUUGCAGAACUGACUGAGGGAUGUUCUGGGGCAGAAAUCACUGCUCUUUGUCAAGAAGCAGCUAUUUUGACUAUGCAGAAGGACAUGAAUGCCCCUCACGUCCCUCAGGAGGCGUUUAUCGCCGCUGCAAAGUCAACCAAGCGUCAGAUUACGCCUGCGGUGUUGCAGAGGUUCGCAAAAUGGCGCGAUGUAAAUGACACCCGGAAACUGUAA